AAUAAGCAACUGGUCUGAAAAGCGCGCAUGAACGCCAACACGUGAAUUCGCUCCCCAAAGCACCGCGUUCGCAGUUCCCCACGCGACUCCGCUUGACUUCUAACACACAAGAAAUGGCGCGUGUCCGUCUGGCGGUCAUCAAUUAAAAAAUUAACAGUCUCACGUUUAUAAGUGAUAUGUUCGUUGCCGGUGCCUAAGAUCGUUCACUGCGACGACAUGGAGGAGGAAAUCGAGUUGGUGCCAUCCGGCAACUUCACCCUCCAGUGCACCGAGGAGGCUCUGGGACCUCAACGUGACAGCUUGUACAUAGUGAUACCGGUAAUCGUAAUCUACGUUAUAAUUUUCGUGACCGGCACCAUUGGUAACAUCAGUACGUGCGUGGUGAUCAGCAGGAACAAAUCCAUGCACACCGCCACCAACUACUACCUAUUCAGCCUGGCAAUCUCCGAUCUCCUCCUGCUAUUGACCGGCCUCCCGCAGGAGAUCUACCUGAUCUGGUCCCGAUACCCAUACAUCUUCGGAAGCACCUUCUGCUUUCUGCGUGGCCUCUUCGCCGAAACCUCCACCAACGCCACGGUGUUGACCAUCACCGCUUUCACGGUCGAAAGGUACCUGGCGAUAUGUCACCCCUUUCUCUCGCACACCAUGUCCAAAUUGUCCAGGGCGGUCAAGUUCAUUCUGGUGAUUUGGCUGUUGGCCAUCUCCUUGGCCAUACCCCAGGCGUUGCAGUUUGGUAUCGUUAAGGGUGCCGACGAUUGUGAGAUGUGCAUGAUCGUGAAUCAGUUGUUCAAUCACUUGUUCGAGGUUUCCACCUUUCUGUUUUUCGUGGCCCCCAUGUCUUUGAUUACUGUGCUUUACAUACUCAUUGGUGCCCGACUUAAGUCGUCGAGGAUGAUGAAGAAGAGAAGUGCCAACGCCAGAAUUCAAAGCAAAUCGUCGAGGAAGGUGCUAAAAAUGUUAGUGGCUGUGGUGGUAGCGUUCUUCUUCUGCUGGGCUCCGUUUCAUGCACAACGACUCUACACCAUCUAUGCGACAAACGAAGGGCCGUUCCAUUUGAAAAUCUACGAAAUAGUCACUUACAUCAGUGGCGUCCUAUUCUACAUGUCCGCUACUGUUAAUCCGAUACUCUACAACAUUAUGUCUAUCAAAUUUCGUGAAGCAUUUAUGGAAACGUUCGCAAAAUGCUGCGGCCUCAGCCACCUUCAGCACAAACGACCGCAGCGGUCAUAUUCGGUGUUGUCUCGUUCGAACAUCCGGGGUCCGGAUUCUGGUGAUUCGGCCGUUCACACCCACACAACCGUCACGCAGAAGAGUUCGAUCGAUUCCUUUAACGGGAUCAACUUAUCCGGCAGGAGAUACAAAACAGCAGUUGGCAGAAGAGACCAAGAAAUCGAAGAGGAACAACUGGAAGACCUAGACAGGGAACGCGAACUGAUCCUGCUCGAAAUCGAAUCGACGGCGACCCCGGGCGACGCACCCAAAACGAUUUUGUGCAAGAAAAAUUUCAAUCGGCAAUCGAAAAGACGAAGCAAAUUCUGGCGUUACUUCAGGGGUUUUGCCAAGAAAACGCUGGACACGGGCAAGGUAAUAAGCGUGUACUCGACGUCAGCGCCGGAGGCUCAUGUUACGUUGAAGUUGCAGCCGGUUAUAAGGGACGUGCAGAGCUACAGUCCGUGCGACAUCAGCAAUAGCAGCCUGAAGGACGUAGAAACUGGCGCGAUCGAAGACGAACUGUCCGCUUACAUGGAGAAGGUCCAUCGUGAGAAUUACAGCUAGCAAUAACAAUUAAGGUUGCUGAAGCCCAUGUAUUAAAGUAUUAAUUGUGUUGUAUCCUGUUCCGCUAGCUGUGUAUUUUGUAUUUACGAAAACUUGUACAUACAGUAUUGUAUUUUUAUGAUAAGUUGUCUUAAUUGUACAGGGUGUUUCUAUGGACUAACGUAACAUUAAUGCAAAUACACCGAUAUUAAAGUAUUACUAAAGUAUUUAUUAAAAAAUAGUUAAUUUUCAGACACGUUUUGUUGCGUUAAUGUUGUGUAAAGUACGUAUGAACUUUAUGGAUUAUUUGUAUCAAAUAAACUUGUAUUUAAAUUGCAUAAAUAAAGUUGUACAUAGUCGUUA